AUGUUAAAUAAUUUACCAUGUAAUAGAAAAUAUUGGAAUUCAAUUUUGAGUGCUCAAAAAUACCAUUUGUGUAACAAGUGGUUAAGGUCUAAUAUAAAAAAAAGUGAUAUAUGUAAAAGAUACUUUGGUGUGUCAGGUAGUUAUGGAUACAGUAUUUUUUCGAAAGAAGGGAACAAUAAUUCAAAUGUAGGCAAAAAUAAUUUACAUGGAUAUGAAGAGAAAUGUUUAAUAAACAAUUUUAUAAAAAAAAAAAAUUUUUAUUUUACUAAAUGGCCUGGAAAAGUAUCUAAAUUAGGAGGUAAUUAUUUUUUUAAUAAAAAUUAUAAUAUGGGAUUUUAUCAUAUGCUUAUAGAAGAAGAAGGAAAAAUUAAAAAGGAUAUAGCAUUAAUAUCAAGUUGCUAUGAAAAAAGUAUUCAAAAUAAAACCAUCGAAAAUAAAAUGAAAGAUUUAACAUGUGGAUAUUCUGUUCAAAUUGUAUUAUCUGGUAAAGGUGUCAAAUGUUAUUACGAAGAUAUAAAUUAUACUCCUAUAAUACCUAAUUAUAAGAAUAAUAUAAAACAAUAUUAUACAUUUAAAAAGACACUAAAAGAUUUAAAAGUAAUAGAGAAUACAUCUGAAAAUAUUCAUAAUAAUAAUGAGGAAAACACACAUAAUGUCAAAUCGACUAGUAAUAAUAAUACUCAAAAUAAUUAUAGAACAAAAAAAGUCAAAAAAUUAUUUGUACGUUUAGGUAUAGGAACUAAAAAUAUUGAUAUUACAAGAGUAUUAACUAUGCAUAAAAAAUAUGUAAAUAUUAAUGUUGAUAAAACAGGUACCAUUGUUAAUGUAUAUGGAUAUAAUAAAAAAUAUGUCGGUUCAGUUGCAUAUCGUUUAUAUAAAAUUGUUAAAAUGAAUGUAUACACAAUGAAAGGUGGUUAUGUGUACCUCCAUAAACCAAAACAAAAAAUUCCAAAAAAAAAAUAA